AUUUAAAUGAUAUUAGUUAAAUAAAAAAAUAAAAUAUACAAGUCGUAUCAACAUUUAUCGACUAUUUUAUUAAGUGGUAAGCGUAGAAGUCUUCCACUAACAGAGCAAUGGAUUCUAGUAACAGUGGAGAAUCGUCAACGAUCGUAAAAGUUUCUCAACAGUUAAAGAUCACGAACUACUCGUUGCUAAAAGGAAUUGGAAGCGGGAAAUAUAUAUCAUCGGAACCGUUUUCAGUGGACGGAAACGAUUGGGCGAUCUAUUUUUACCCAGACGGCAAGAACGAAGACUUCAACGCUGCCUACGUGUCAGUCUUCAUCGUCCUCAUCAGUGACACCGGCAAGGAUGUUAAGGCACUUUUCGAAUUGGUUCUGUUGGAUCAAACCGGAAACGAUAACGAUAUGGUUCAUAGCCAAUUUCAAGGAACGCUUCUAAGGGAGGCUUACACGAUGAGAUACCCCGGUAGUAUGUGGAUUGUUCAAUCAGCAUUCCCUCUGGGUUUUCAAGGAUAAUGUUAGAUCCGCUUCCUUUCAAGUUAUAUGCUUUGGUAACUGAUAGAGUCCUCGACUGUAGUCUUUUUUAUUGAGGUGAUGAUGAGAGCUCGACUAUUAAAUAUGGAAGCACUUGAGCUUUGAUGGUGACUCUUGGUACCAAUGAGACACUGUAUUCAAAUAACUUAACGAGCCAAGUCAACAUUCUUCAGGCUAGAUCUGACUUUCUGAAGAAUUUGACGAAUAGGAUAAUUCGUUCGAACCACUACUUUAUGGCUCUAAAAGUAAGGAUCGAGUUGUCGUAAUGAUUACAAAGGCUAGACAUUCUACCUUUUGACAUCUAAUUUCAACUCAUUUGAACAUUUUACGAACAAAAUAAAUAAUCUUUUGUUCGUCGUCUACUUCUUCAA